CUCCAGAGAAUGAUUCGUUCAGUAGUCGUACAUCUCUAGUAAAAAACAAAACAAUGGCAUUUCACUUCCGGACCGCUCGAACACCAUGGCACCCGGUGUCGGACUGAUACCGGUCCUCCUCCUGACCCUGCCAUUGGUCACGUAUGCCACGGCACCCAGUUUCUCUAUCGAUUACCAUCGAAACUCCUUCAUUAAAGAUGGAGAGCCGUUCCGCUACAUCUCCGGCAGCAUCCACUACAGCAGGAUCCCCAGUGUCUAUUGGAAGGACAGGCUGCUCAAGAUGUACAUGGCCGGUUUGAACGCCAUCCAGACAUAUGUGCCAUGGAGCUUCCACGAGACGGUGCCUGGUCGGUACGACUUCAGCGGAGACCGGGAUCUGGGGCACUUCCUACAGCUGUGCCGUGAAAUCGGUCUGCUGGUCAUCAUGAGACCGGGCCCCUACAUCUGUGCGGAGUGGGAUAUGGGGGGUUUGCCUUCCUGGCUGUUGAAAAAGAAAGAUAUUCUGCUGCGAUCAUCUGAUCCAGACUAUCUCGCAGCAGUGGAUAAGUGGAUGGGGCAGCUGUUGCCCAUCUUGAAGCGUAACCUUUACCAGAACGGAGGACCCAUCAUUACAGUGCAAGUAGAGAAUGAAUACGGUAGUUACUUUGCCUGUGACUUUAAUUACAUCCGGCAUCUCAGCCUGCUGUUUCGGGCUCAUCUGGGAGAUGAUGUGGUCCUGUUCACCACAGAUGGACCGACUGUGGGUUAUCUCAAGUGUGGAUCUCUCCAGGGCAUCUAUGCCACCGUUGACUUUGGUCCAGGGUCAAAUGUAACCGCUGCGUUUGAAGCACAGAGACACGCAGAGCCACGUGGGCCUUUGGUCAACUCUGAGUUCUACACAGGCUGGUUGGAUCACUGGGGCGAGAAACACUCGGUGGUUUCCACAGCUGCUGUGGUCAAGACCCUCAAUGAAAUUCUGGCAGUGGGAGCCAGCGUCAACUUAUAUAUGUUCAUCGGUGGAACUACCUUUGGUUAUUGGAAUGGCGCCAACACUCCUUAUAGUCCUCAGCCGACCAGCUAUGACUUUGACGCCCCGCUUACAGAAGCUGGAGACCUCACAGAAAAGUAUUUCGCUAUAAGAGAAGUCAUCAAAAUGUACAAAGAGAUACCAGGGGGACUGCUGCCUCCAUCAACACCUAAAUUUGCUUAUGGGCAAGUGCAGAUGAAGAAGCUCAAGACCGUGUCAGAGCUUUUAGAUAUAUUAUCUCUCUCCGGCCCCGUCAAAACUCUUUACCCAAUAACGUUUACUGAUAUGAACCAGGCGUUUGGCUUCAUGCUGUAUCAGACUGUUUUACCUGUCAACUGCUUGAAACCCACGCCGCUGUCGUCCCCGCUAAACGGAGUCCACGAUCGGGCCUACAUAUCGAUCGAUGGGAUUGCUGCUGGUAUUUUGGAGAGGAACAAGGCACUCACCAUUAAUAUAACAGGGAAAGCCGGCAGCCACGUGGACGUCCUGGUGGAGAACAUGGGGACAAUCAACUAUGGCAAAGAAAUUAAUGACUUCAAGGGCCUGGUGUUUAAUCUGACUCUGGGUGCUGAUGUUCUGGGUAACUGGACGGUGUACUCUCUGAGUAUAGAUGAAGCAGUGCGCAAGGGCCUGUUGUCGGCUUCGACCAGAUUCGUCUCCACCUCCGCCAGCCCCACUCCUCCUGCCCUUUCACCUCCGACCUUCUACGCCGGCAGCUUCAUCAUCCCCGACAGCAUCCCUGACCUCCCUCAGGACACAUACAUCCAGUUUCCCAACUGGAGGAAGGGUCAGGUGUGGAUUAACGGUUUUAACGUGGGUCGCUACUGGCCGUCCCGGGGGCCACAGAUAACCCUCUUUGUCCCAGCACACCUGCUCAGCACCUCGGCCCAAAACAACGUAACCGUUCUGGAGUUGGAGGCGGCCCCUUGCUCCUCGGGGUCCUGCAUCGUGGAGUUCACCGACACUCCUGUCAUAAACGGCUCCGUGAAGUCAACCGGACACUACAAGGAAAUUUCAUCGGACGAGACCUUCUGGAGCAGAACCAUCUUAGAAUAAACCGUUCACAUCACACAUUUUACUGAUUUGAAGGAGUCUAAAGGAUGAAGUAGUAAGAUAUGCCACGCGAGAGUACUGUAUUGAAAAUAUGAUAAUCACUGUGAAUCUACAGUAAUGUGUGGCACAUGUACAGUAAUGUACUGUAUAGUGAUUCUCAGGUGUCAAAGCUGCUCAGAAUGAGCUUUGGUCUUGCACUAGAUGCCUUCACGAUGAUGUUACCAUUGAUUUUCUACUGCUGAUUUUAAGCCGUUGCACUUUUAACUCUCUUAAAUAGUACUAGAAAUCAUGUUUCGUCAAGUGCUCUUUUUUUUUUUUUUUUUUUUUGCAAAUGAGUGACUUUUUGGUUUUUGCACCGCAUGUCCUUUUGUUAAUAUGAAAUAAUGGUUAAUGUUUUUGUAUCUGUCCACUUGCAUAUCUUUUAAUUGUGCAGUUAAAGCCAUAUGAAAUCCAGGAAUCGUUUGCAAAAUAAACUGCACUGUUUUUUACAUUCUUCA